AAAUAGAGAAUAAGAUGUGUUUUGAAACACGUGACUUUCGUUAAGUCUCGCUGGUGAGGUGGCGGUUAGCGAGAUUUCCGCGGGAUUUUUCCUGGUAUGUCUUUCCGGAUGAAACUUCCUUGACCGCCGCCGUAACCCUCAGAAUUGGUAUAGACAACGUUCAGGCAGUUACAAUCAUCCGUAUGAUUGUUGUUAUCGUUAGCUGCGCAGUAAUUAAAAUAGCUCAGGCCUUCUUUCGGGCAGUGAAUUCAGAUUUUCAGCUUGUUUUCAACAAUUACUUGUCUAUUUAAAGAAAUAAACCUGAAACUUUGACGAUAGUGAUACUAAACUUAAAUUUAUAAUCAGAUUUCAUUAUGCGCUUCAACGGGAAAAGUCUAUCAUUGUGGUGUGUUUUGUUUUUGGGCUUUGAUGCCGUCCUAGCUUCGGGAUUUUCACAAGAUAGUGCUUCGGAGGUCAAUCUUGAAAACGAGAAGACUAAAUCAUCUGAUGAUGCCGGAGAAAACACCAUCGUGAGGGUGAUAGUAGGCAGUGAGGAGGGAUGGAGGAGAGGGAGAGUGGAGGAGCAGCAGCUGUUGGCCUCUGCCAGACGACCGAACUUUGAAGUACAGAUUCAGUCAGCUGCUGAAGUCCCAUGUGAGACUGAAAGUGGUUUUGGGCAAGAUGAUAUAAUUGUUUUCUUCCCAAGGGCUGAAGGAAUUAUUACGGCUUCUGCAGAAAUGUUGAAAGAAAAACUGAAAGCAACCAGCGCAAACAUCAUACUUCCACAAGGAAAUGUUAAUGGACUAAUUGGGUGGUCAGGCUAUGUCAUUAAAGUAGCAAAGACUCUUGGAGUUACCUCCUUAACAUCACUGGCACAGCAACUUUAUAGGAGUUCCAAAUUGCGAAGUCAGCAUAACGCACAGAUAGAUGCUAUAGGAAGUGUAACUUACACCCUUGACGACUACUCUUAUAUUGGUAGUGAUGGGUUACAGGUGGCAGUCAUAGAAGGAAGCUAUGAGCUGGUUGUCAAGGAAAAUGUCCCUUGCAUUCUCUUUGCUUCAAGCAACAGUGCUCAUGGGCGGGCUCUCCUAUUAGCUGUGUCAGACUAUUUAAUUGGUACCCAUCAUCCAGAACAUGGUUGUGUUUCAUGCAAAACUGUUGAUGAUUCAAUCCAACUGAAUGUGACACAUACAGUAAUGGUAGGUGUGUUCAUCACUCGUCCUCAGCCAUUUUUGGAAGAAACGCUCAGCUCUAUUGUCCGUAAUGGGUUGCCAGGAAAGCACACCCAUUUCUUCGUUUACAAUCGGGUGGAAGAAUACUCAAAGAGAGUGAGUGUGUUUAUUGAGAGCCUAGAGACAUUUGGCAACUACGUGAACAUAACUUAUUUAGAAGCUUCAGGCAUGAGCCCUGAUAUAACCAGCGUUAAGAACAUGGUCUUGAAGGAGUGUCUGCGUAUCAAGUGCAGCUGGUAUGUCAAUGUAGAAGCUUAUGCCUUUAUAAAUCCGAAUGUUAUCCCUACUCUCUUGUCUCUUGAUCAUCCUGUAAUAGCUCCGGCCCUAAGAGUUCAGAAUUGGACACCAGCUUCUUUCUGGCGGGAAAUUGAUGCAACAACUUUGAUUCCCACUUAUUCAUGGGACCAUUCCAAACUUCUAAAUGAAACUCAUGAUGUCAGGGGCUAUUGGCACUCAUCUUGCAUUCGAGGUGUCUAUGCUGUCAGGCAUGAUGUCCUGGAGAGGCUGUCAGACCCAUAUACCCUCAGCCAAAGAGAUCCCAAAAUUUUUUCGCAUAUUGACUCUUCUGAUAUAGCCUUUUGUGGUGCUUUGAGGGAUCAUGGUUUCCCAAUGGUGGUUACAAAUGCAUUUCCUAAUAGUGGGAUAUUGCUAAACAUGACUAACUACAAGAUGAAAGAGAAUAACCUUGACCAAUAUGCCUCUAACCCUGUUAUCUGGAUGGUUGCUUAUGGUCAUAAGGAACUUCAAAACAUCUUGGGUGGAAAUAUUUCUGCUGUAAAAAGGCCGUGCCAUGAAGUCUAUGAAAUUCCUGUUUUCAACGAACUUUUUGCGUAUGAUAUGUUGCACCUGGCUAAAAAGAAAAACAAGUGGUCUCCUGCUGUAAAAAGGGACCCCAGGAAGGAGUUAGGUGUGGAACCAGUCCCUACAGUAGAUCAACUGCUCUCUCAGCUUGGUUUAGCCACACUCUUCAAUUCUUUAAAUCAAAAUAUCUUUGGAACUUUGCAAAAUUUGUGCUUUCCAUUUACCAAUCUGAAUUACCCAACGCCCUAUUCGCUGGUUGCUCGAUUCAAAGCCAAUGAACUCCCAGGUCUUUCUAGUCAUCAUGAUGCCAGUGUUAUCACAUUUUACAUGAAUCUAACACCAAAAGAUGAAUAUGAGGGUGGAGAAGUCGAGUUCCCACAGCAAGAAUGCCGAGUUAAGUCCGAGGUUGGUCAUCUACUUAUGUUCCCUGGUAGAAUGACCCAUCCAAAAAUACUGCACAAUGUCACUGAUGGAAUUCUUUAUAAGGUCAUGAUAUUCUCUGAUGUCUUUUCUUCUGAUGAGAAGAAUCCUUCUUCCCAAAAACAGUAAAUGUUCAUAUUUGAGGAAAGAUAAUUUAAGUUUUGAAUUGAAAAAAUCUACCAUAUAAAUCACACCCAGUUACGUAUUCUGUUUUCACUAAGGAAUUUUUUAGUAUCUUUGAGGUCUUUAUAGUAAUUAAUUUAGACAUUCAGUGUUAAAGGCCUGUUUUGCAAUUUUGUAAUGGUUGUAGUAUUUUAGCUGAUAUUAGUAAAUCAUUUGUGUUAAGUACUUUUAAAUGGGCAUCUUAGAUGAAGGAGCAAGUACAACUCUGUAUUCUUUAAUAAUGCGAGUUCAUUGUUUUAGGGUAUCUUAAGAAAAUGAUAAAUAAAUAACAUACUCGUACAUUAAUCUUUCCCAUAGCUUGUUUAGUCUACUGGACACUCAUCUCAUUUGAGGGGUAUUUGGAUCUGAAUGAGUUAAUGAGAUACUUUCAAAUCUCAAUAAUUUUGUAGGUAUUAGUAUGUUGGUCAAGACACCCAUAAUAUAAUUGCUGUAUGGAGAACAUGUGCAGAAGAGUUCUCCAGUUUCAUGGAAUUUCUGGAGUUUUGCAGGUGGCAUGAAAGAGAUAGUAGGAACAAUUCUCUUCAGGCUGACUAAACCCCUUCACCAACUUUUAGUAUGUCAUGUCCUCAAGGGUUGCAGACACUUGUAAGGCUGGUCCAUUCCUGAAAUAGCCAGAGUUGGUUUAUCAGUUACCCUAGUGGGCCUACCACCAACAGUUUACUCCCUGUGCUUCCACUUCUUUUGUACUUUAAAGUCCUUUUUCUCAACAUGAGGAUGCACUUAUAGAUUUGACACACAUCUUGAAGAUAGCAAUAAUGUAGGGUUUUUGCUUUGUCACUGCAAAGUUGUAGGGCAUUUCUAACAUACCAUAUAGCUUUUCCAUUUUGACACUGGGAACCAAUUUGCAAAUAUUUGUGGAACCCAUCCGUUGGGUGAAUGUACUUUCCUCCUUUAAGGUGGAAGGUUAGUUUCUUUGAAAGUUUCAAACUUUUUACCUAAUAUGACCUUUAAAGACCUUGAGGUGAUGCCAUCAGUCAGGUGAAAGUAUUUUCCUCCUUUCAGGUGGAAGGUUAAUUCCUUUGAAAGUUUUACACUUACCUAAUGUGGCCCUUAAAGACCUUGAGGUGAUGUUAAUCAUUGACUCCUAUCCUUUUGCA